GGGGACAGGUAGGAGAUAAAGCAGCUAGCACGCAGGUGCUGGUGAUGACUUAGCCUGCUGGUGUGCCAGAAUAAAAGGAGGAGGAGGCCAGAAGGUUUCAGAGAUUGGCCAUCGUGCAGGGCCGUGGCUGUGCAGGCAGCAGCCACAGCUUUCUUGCUGCUUCGACUUGCCUGUAGCUAUCUAUCUACUAGCUAAGGCUAGCUCUCUAGGUGUGGAGCUAGCUACAGCUAGUGUAUCCGAGGUAGGACGCAGCAGGUAUGGGGAGGCCACCGUGCUGCGACAACGGCGUCGGCGUCAAGAAGGGGCCGUGGACGCCGGAGGAGGACAUCGUCCUCGUCUCCUACAUCCAGCAGCACGGCCCCGGGAACUGGCGCUCCGUGCCCGAGAACACUGGGUUGAUGAGGUGCAGCAAGAGCUGCAGGCUGAGGUGGACGAAUUACCUCAGGCCCGGGAUCAAGCGCGGGAACUUCACUCCUCACGAGGAAGGGAUCAUCAUCCACCUUCAGGCGCUGCUUGGCAACAAGUGGGCAGCCAUAGCCUCCUACCUCCCUCAACGAACCGACAACGACAUCAAGAACUACUGGAACACACACCUCAAGAAGAAGGUGAAGAGGCUGCAACAGCCAGCCGGCGACUCUUUCCAAACCGCUCCCUCCAAUGCAGUCACCAGUCCAAACUACUACAGCCCUACUAGCAGCAGCCACCACAGCCUUCAGGCAGGCGUGCAGCCCAUAAGCAGCUACCCCAACACCACCUGCACUACCAGUGCACCCAGCAACAAUGAGGCUGGUGCCAUCUCCAACCUCUUGCAGACAUGGAUGAGGCCAUCACCAGCAGCAACAGCUAACUGCAAGAUCGCCAUGCAAGAGUUCCAGGAAGAACAGGACGCUGCAGCUUCCAUCCUUUGCAAGGAUCAGAUCGUGACCGGCGAUGUUAGUAAGUCGCCGGCAUUGGAGAUGAUGGUGGCGCCGGCGAUGGGAGCGAGCACAGCUACCUUCUCGCUGCUUGAGGACUGGCUGCUCGACGACAUGCCCGGGCAGGCCAUGGAUGGGCUCAUGGGCAUCUCUGCCGGCUGCUGUGCAGAUCCCAUCAUGUUCUAGUAGUUGUACUAUCUUGGCUAUCAUAAGCUGCUUCUCCGAUGAGUCAUGCACUUGUAAUGUUGGUUGAUCGAAUGAUAAGAUGGGGUUGAUCCUAUGUUUCCGGUAAUAAGCCGUUUGUUUCCUUGAGGGAAAAAAUCCUGGAGAUGAUCCUGUUAAUUUGGAGAUAUUGUUAGUACGAAGGAUAUAAUAAAAUGGUUUAGACUUCACUACCA